AGCUCUUCAAGAAGUCAGCUCUGGCCACGGCAGAGCUUCUCCGUGCGUCGUGAGUGACGCACGUGCAAAGGGCUCGCGGCCGGCCGUUACGGAAAAAGUUCGAUUACGUGUAGUGACUGUGACGUAUACAUCUUAACACAAACUAUCAUCCCAACUAAAACCUCCUUUAAACUUUCUUACAAAAAAAAGUUUUAAAGCAAAACUUCGUCUUUCAAAAAUGUCGCGGUAUUAUCUGUGGGCGGUUUGCGCGGUAGUUUUGACUAGUCGCUGUGGCGCCAACUACUGCCGGGACGUCAACCUCUGCUGUCCGGGGCGUGACAGCUCUUGUGUUGUUCAGAAAACUCAUCAAAAUGCAAUAAUAGAAGACCUCACAGAUAAACCGUGUUAUUGUGAUCACGCUUGUAUGAAACUGGGAGAUUGCUGUCCUGAUUUCCGAGAAACUUGUGGAGUAUUGGACUGCGUGGUCUCAAGCUGGGGUGACUGGUCAGAAUGUGACACAGCCUGCGGCUCCGGAAGUAUGGUGAGGAGCAGAACAGUCUUACAAGCGGCUGCGCACGGUGGUCGGCACUGUCCAUCGCUAGUCCAAAGGAGAGCUUGCCAGGCCCAUCAUGGAUGCACUGAAGAUAGCGAUGUACCUUUGAGAGAGGAAACGGCCAUGAUUCUACCGGGUGUGCUGUCCAUGAGUCGUCACUCCAAUGACACGGUGGAUAUCAGAAAGAACCUUCGAUUAAGAAACCCUGACGAUCCUGAAUCCAAUUCACAUAGAGAGUACUGCGUUCAGUUCGAAGUGUUGAAAGUUUCAAAAGCGUGUCACACCGACUCCGAUUACAAAGCUUUACGAGAAGGUAACACUAUAUGUGUGAUGUGUGAAGCCGCAGCCCUCAAACGGGAUCUCAAAUGGCGCUGCAGUGGUCAUGGCGUGUCCGGCCACUCUACCAGAUUUUACGCCUUAGUUGCCCCACAUUGUCAUGGCAAGUGGAUCCGUGGGAAGGACAAUCUUGACAAACGUAGCGACUGUUGUACAAAACCUGACUUUAUUUUUGUAUAAAUGCCUCUGUAUUUGACAAAUUCAUACUGUAGUGGAGUUUUCUUUAAUUAAGAAAUCGUUGUAGUUUGCUUUAUGAUCUUUAUUCAUUUGCUGUUAAUCACCAGUAAAAAAAAUCCUUUUUUUGAUAAGAUGAUAAUUUUUCAAUUUUU